GGGUGCUUGAGUACUCCCGUUUUCUCUUCUUUUUCUUCCAACUCCCUUAUGUUAUAUGGUCAGACAGCAUAAAAACGAUCGCUUGAUCGCACAGCUCUUGGUGCUCUUUCCCGGAGGAGACCCGGGUUACUUCCGCUCUUGUCUUGGUUAUUAUGAAACGGCACCCGUUGAACGCAUUGCAGAAAAAAUAUUCAACAAUGGAGGCUAUUACCCACGAUUACUCGGCAGUAAUACUAAUAAUCGAACACAACAUUUGAAUCAAGCCUUACAAUUACUGGCCACUGAAUUCUUUCCAGAUUGCAAUGUGGCCUAUUUACGAGAGAGACUGCUACGCUAUGACCAUAGCCAUGUUGAACAAGUGGCUAAUGAACUCCUCCAGCGACAAGACCAAGCGUAUCCGGAACGGCUCGAGUAUGGCAAACUGGAUCGAUCGGAUCUGAUUAAAAGUGAAGGAUAUCGUGCACAAGCACAGGCUCAGCUCGCUUUGGAUUAUCCUCAGGUCUGGAAGUCGUCGAUACGAGCCGUCUUGGCAGAGAACAAUUGGGAUUAUGUAAAGAGCUAUGACCAGCUCCAAGAUAUGGGAUCAGGCGGGUUUUGGACGACUAUACGCAAUUUCAUUCGACACUGGUCGCUUCCUACAUCAUCCACCUCGUUCAUAGCAUCAGCAACAUCCGCUGGAUCAUCCUCGAAAAACAACAGUCAUGACGAUACUGGAGACGAUAAGGAGGAAUUUGAAUACGAUCGACGCAUCGUACGACGACGCGCACUAGACGCACAAUCAGCCCAAGAUGCCAAGACAGCACUGGAGAUCAGCCACGACGAAUACGACGAACUGAUCACAUGUCAAUGUUGCUAUGGCGACUAUGUGAUUGAACAACUCGCAUUUUGCAGCCAAGGCACGCACAUGUUUUGCCACGACUGCAUCACGCGAUACAUUUCAGAAGGCCUGUUUGGCCAAGGCGCGCUGCGCGGCGCUGCCCGUAUACCCUGCAUUUCCAUGGGCGGCAGCUGCGACGGAUGCUUUGCGCACUCGGUGUUGGAACAUCGGAUUCUGAGCCAAGAUAUCUGGUCUGCUUAUCAAAAGUCGGUCUUUGAAGAAAACAUGCGCGCGUGCCAAUCCAAGAUUGUGCGUUGCUCGGCUUGUGGUUACUGCGAGAUUGACGAGUCCAUGGGGUUGCCGUUGCAUACAACGUUGGAUCGCCUCAUGGUGUUGGUGGCGGGCGCGCGCUGGUUAAUGUGGGAUUUGAAAGGAGAUAUCGAAACCGUAUACGAUCGGAUAGCUUGUGCCCGUCGUGGUUCCGUCUUCCAGUGCCGGAAUCCGGAAUGUCGUCGACUUACGUGUGUCUUGUGCCAGCACAUUGUACGAGGGUUGCACAAAUGUUGGGAGAAGGAACAGGAUGGCUUGAGACUCUACGUUGAAAAGGCCAUGGCAGAUGCCGUCAAGCGCACGGUAAGGAAACGAUGACGCAUACUGCAAACAGAUUUUAUAUGAGAUGUGCUGCAGUUUUGUUCACACGGCGGAUUUUUCUUUCCUGUAUAGUGUCCUGUAUGUAGUCUGUCGUUCCAAAAGGCAGAUGGAUGUAACAAGAUAGUGUGCCGUUGUGGUUAGUUUAUUUUUUUUAUCAAGUGGUUGUUAAAGUAAACGUAGGCAUACAGUAUCUAAAGUCGUAACCUAAAUGUGUAUGUAUAGGAUAUACCAUGUGCUACGUAUG